AUAGCAUGUAACGGUGCCAAAAAAUUGAGCUCUUCAUCUAGUCAGAGCUAAACAAAUGCACAGAAUAUACUUUGAUGACUUUUCGUUUACGAACGAACUCUACAUUUCGUCUUCAAGUCAAUGAAUAUGAUAUCGUGGACGAUUGUAGCCGGCAACCUGAUAUAUAUUUGUCUCGUUAAGAACAAUGAUUGGCUUCUGGAAUAAUUUUUUUGUAAUCGGAGAACCCUUACCAAUAGUUUCAAGUUAGUACUAAAGCGAUUACAUAAUUAUAAUGUCUAAUUUUUAUUCUUUACGACAGUUAUCUUCACAAUAUUCUAACAAAAGAUGAAAACUUUAGAAUAAUUUCUUCACAAGUUUGGAACUAAAAGUGCUAUUGGAAAAGAUCUUAACGGUUGACAAUGAAUGUUAAUCAUUCAUCAAAAUUAAUUCCGUCGAGAUGGUUGCAACCUCGAAUUUUACAGUUAUGACUCUGUUGCCUAUUGGAACAUUAUCUCUCCUACGAUUCCUGGUCCAUAAUCUAUCACAUUCAUAUGUCAAACAUAUCUCGAACCAAGGGAUGAAAUUAUAAUAAGAAAUGGCUCUCUUUCAUUAUCUAAGACUGAAAAAGCCCUCCCACUAAAAAUGAUACCGUUUAAAGUUUAUUAACAAAAUUUAAAAAUGCAGAAAAUAGUAUGCAAUUUUUAACUUGAUUCAAACCAGUGGUCCAGUGAAUAGUUUUUAAUCGAAGAGAAAUAUUUUGCUUACUUGCAAAGCUUUUCAUGAAACUAAGAACAAUGAAAAUUUGCCGAAAAUUAUGGUUAGCCUCAAUAGCACUGUUACAGAAAAAUCUAGACUACUCGUAAGCUGUAAACGGGCAUAUCUCCAUGCAGUUUUCGAUCACUAAUUUAAUUUACGUGGCACAGUUAAAACAGUUCGAAAAUAAAUAAGGACAUUAUAAUUGACCAAUUUAGGUUUUUGGCGAUACCAUAUGAAUUUCCAUUUCUAUUAUGAGGUCCAUGAGGAGUAGUCAUGCUUUGAGUUUUCUGCGCUUGACAUGAAUUUCAAUAGACCCUAUAACUUCACUAUCGAAACCUCUUCCAGUUUCUCAUUCCAUGUGGCCCAAAUGCUUGGAGCGUAGACCUGCCAAUGGGGAACAAGUGCACAAGAGAUGCUUUGUCGUUUCACAGUGUCUUGAUCUUGAAGUUUUUUAGAGUCUCCUCUAUUUGUCAGCCCCGUUCGGAUUAGCCAUGUUUGCUGCUUGGCUGUCCGCUUAGAUGUGAACUUUGUAAUUGUCUGCUGAUACAUUAGAAGUUAGCUCGGCGGCUUUCUCAAUAGCAAAGGCCUCUGCUUGGAAUAUACUAUAGUGGUAAGGCAGCAUAAAAGGUUGUCUUAUGACCUGUUCUGGACAGUAUAUUCCUACACCAACUCCGCUCUCUAUUUUCGAGCCAUCCGUAUAAAAAAAACUCACUAACUUAGUGACAAAAAUUAUCAUGGACCGAAGUUCGAACUGCGAAUCGCAAGAAAAGCUGAAUUGUAUUCUAUCUGAAGCACGCCAGUCCACACAAAUCGAUAAUGAAUAGCCGGAAGCUCCGGCUGCAUGAUUUUGAGGUUCUUAUGCAUUCAUCUUAUAGUCGUGAUCUGAUCCCAAGUGAUUAUUUCCUAUUAUUGGCUGGGGCGAAUUACUAGGGAAAAUUGGUCUCAAAAGUAGCUUGUGAAAAUCGACAGUCCAUGUUUUUCACCAAUAGUGAGGAGGAUGUCUAUGAGAGUGAUUACGAAAUUACCUUCAAAAAAUGGUGACAUUUGACCUGAAUCGCAUCAAUAAAAUUAAGGUAAAUAAAAACUUAAAUUUUUUUUGCAAAAAUAUUGGUGAACGUCUAAGCUACGUCAACGAGAGUAACAUGAUAUUUAGCAACUUAUUUUCCUAUCCCUCUAAUAUCAAGUAAUUUCAGUAAUGAGUACUGCCUCCUUUGUAAGUAAUAACUUCAUACAUCCGGUUCUUCAUAGAAUGAUACAGGGAGUCUAUGUAGGUCACUGAAAUCUCGCUCCAAGCACGUUCAAUAGCUGCAGUUAAUGUUUCCUUAUUUUCGUAUUACUUUCCUCCUUCGUGUACCUUCCGUGUUAGCCAGCCUCAAACAUUUUCUAUUACGUUAAGAUCUGGAGAAUUUGGUGGCCAGGUCAUGACAUUAACGUUUUCACUCCAAAUAAACGACUUUAUUACUCGAGCGUUACGAAUAGGAGCAUUGUCUUGUUGAAGAAAUUGCUUUACCACAGUUUACCACUUAAUGUGGUGCCGACUGAAAUAUAUUGUAGCUCGUCUUUCCGAAAAUCGUGAUAAUAGUAUUGAAAAACAUCAGAGCCAUCUAAAUUAAAACGUUUUUCAUCAUAAAAUCAUUAUAUCGAGUGUCAGAUUGGACAGUCCACGUCUUGUAUUCUUUCGUUCAGAUGUGGCUUUUUCUUGAUUUUUAUACGCUUUAAAUGUUCUGUAUUUCUGAUUGUACGUUGAACAGUUGAAAGGCUUGCUGUUUCCUUAAUCUUAGCUGCAAACUUAGUCGAAUUUGAAGCAAUUCUAACAAUUUUGAGUACUGAUUGUUCAGAUAGUGCUUUUUUCCUUCAAAGUGUUUUCCAUAUGCCGCUGUAUCCUUUAAAUAUCUAUCAACGGUUCUGGAGCUGCGUUUUAUCUGUUUGGCAAUGUUUUGAAUGGAUAGCUCUUGGGAUUGAAAAAAGUCUACUUUUUUGUAGCUUUUUCCAUUUUUAAAGUAGAAAAAGAAUGCACUUGUUUAGGCUAGGCAAAGAAAUAUAAAGUAGCUCUAUUUCUAUGACCAACCGAAAACUAAUUGCACUGGCAAUGAUUGCCAUAGACGCUUCUGGAAUCUUCGAAUAUACAGUCAUUUUUCCGCAAAUCAACCAACAAAUAUUUUUCGGACAAGAUUCGAACUUUGAUAAAAAAGCAUUUUGGAUAAUAAGAGGCCAGCAGUGUAUAUAUGAGUAGAUAUGUGAUAUAACAUAGCGUAGUCGAAAAAGACUUUUCGUAUUUCUAAUCAAACUUCAACUUAUUUUUUAUAUUUACAAUUAAUUUUAAUGAACCAAAUAUGUACCAUUUUGAUCGAACACUUUUUGCCAUUCUUCUGCUAGAGACAUUUUCCAUUAGUGUAAAGCUUUUUUGGUUUCUCGUCGAAAAACGACCUUUCGAGGCGUUAAUCCUGGCUUUGCGACCAUUUGUUGAGCUUCACCACGCUUGGAUCAUGGUGGUACCCAAACAUCGAGCUCGACCAGAGCGAGGUGCGUCUUUCACAUCCAAAUUUCCAGAACGGAAGCGAGGAAACCAUUGUUGUGCUACACGAACUGAUACAGCAUCGUCUCCGUAAACUUCUCAAAUUUCAUUGGUGGCUUGCGUGGCGUUCUUCCCUUCUUUAUACAAAAAUUUCAAAAUAUAGCGAAUUUCUUCAUUAUUUUCACUCAUUUUUGAAUAGCCGUAGCAUCUAUGGACAAAAUACCAAAAGACUUUUUCGACUACCCAACUUUUUUUAGGUAAUCUUAUAUAAGUUUCGGUUCCAUCCCAACUUUUUUUUUGCUACCUUACUUGUUUAGUUCGGUUUCAAAGAAAAAGCUUAAAAUUAAAAUUGACGAAAAGUAAAAUUUAUUUAAACUUAUAUAAACUGGAGCACCCAAUGAAUAAUAUACACAAGCUUAAUCCACAUAAAGCAAUUUUAUUACUUCGUUAAUUAGAUUCGGCUCUUAGAUUUUAUCUUCAAUUAAUGGCUCAAUACCGAUUGGUAUACAUUAAUCAUCGUGUCUUUUCUCGACUGUUGCACUUUGAACAACUUUCCCGCAUAAAAUCGAUCGGUUGAUGAAGCAGUAGUAGAGGCUAUCAAGAAAUCAAAAUGCAGUUAAAUUCUAUUGAAAAUGGAAAUGAGGGAAAUUGAAAAUGCACUUGUUGCAGCGCACAGAAAAUUAAGAUUUUUAUAGUCUCACUCGUUAAGUGCAAUAAAGGGCUGAUGAAAAGAAGAAAAAAGGUGAUUAAAUAUAAUUUUAUGAACAACAAUUUAAUCGACAGAAUUUAUCUGAAAUAUAAAUCAAUGCGUCCGAUGCAACUUGCCGCACAUGCCACUACAGUAACGGCACUGCCUGCUGCAGGCGUAUAAAAGGAGCUGAGUCGCGCCUCUCCCCACAGUUUACCACGUGAAAUGGAUUAUGCAGCAUACAUUCUACUAAUCUGCUUUGCGCUCUGCCUAACCCUCCAACCGCUGCAAGCACAGUUCGGCGGCGCAGCUGGACAGGUAUACUAUACACAACAAGGGCCACCGGGACCGCCAGGACCACCUGGUUUAGCUGGUAAUAUAGGCAAUCCAGGGCCACGUGGUCCCACUGGCGAUACUGGCCCGGUAGGAGCAAUCGGUCCGCAAGGUGUACCUGGUCCUGACGGACGUGACGGUUCAGCUGGCCAACAAGGUGCGCCUGGUUUACGUGGUAGACGUGGCUUUCCGGGCUCGAAUGGACCGCCUGGACCGGCGGGACCGCAAGGUUUUAUGGGUCCACCCGGUCCACAAGGUCCGCCGGGUACGUCAGCUCGUCACAUGACGCAUGACAUUUACGCGGAAGACGACGAAACAGACUACUAUGAUAAUGAGUGAAAUGUAGAAAUUAAAAAACAAAGUUUAGUUAAUAUUAGAAAUUAAAUUUUUACAUAAAAUAACAAA